AUGGCUCGUCCUGUUCUUAAGCAUCCUGCUAGCCAUCCAGGGCUGCUUAUCACCCAAUGCAUCACGGAAAACUGGCACCCAAGCGGUGUUCGUCCGGGACAGGUGCCUGAGACGACGCCAAAUGUCAAGGCCAAGGGUGUGGAGAGCUUGUCAACGGCCAGGGCGAACGCACAGUUAGAUCUGGCAGAGGCCAUGGAGGACCAUGAUGAGCCACGAUUGCGCCGGGCUCUUGCCGUGGCGGAGCAUCUGGAAGUAGCACCCGAGGAGAUCGCUGCUGCUCGGAGGAUGCUUGAGUUCGAGAUCAACAAGCUACUUCUCGUAGAUGCCAAGCAGAUGCGCGCCUCCAUCCGGCAGCUCGCCCUGCGCGUGGCAGAGGCGGAGCGACAGCAGAAGCCGCCGGAGGCUCAGGCUCCCCCGCGGUUCGCGCAGAUGGCCGAGCUGCUGGAGAAGCGAGUCUGGAGCAGUUUGGAGCCAAAGAUUUCGAAGAUCGUCUCCAGCGUGGUUUCCAAAGCGACUGCUCGCACGGGAAAAGCAGACGGGCGGGUACGAAAUCCUCCUUCGGUCACGUUCGAGGACCUCGACACCGACAAGGAUGGUUUCAUCUCCCGUGAGGAGUUCGAGGCUGCCCAGAAGAAAGGCUUGCUCGGUGGCCCCUUGCAUCCGGUGCCAGUGCAGCCGCCAGCUGCUGCCUCCGCCCAGGGCCAAGUGGGACCGUCGUUGCAGGAAGCACCGGCUGAGCACAGGUCCGUUGUGCGAUCGACUCUUUUUGCCGCUAUGCACGGAGCAGCUCAACGUCUCCUUGAGAAGAAGGAUUUCAAGGAAUUGGACACCGAUGGCGAUGGCCUAGUUUCGCAGAAGGAGCUCGACUCCUCUUUGGUCGACAUGAAAGUUGAAGGCCAGGAGAUGGAACAAGCAAGGCAGCAGAUAUUGCAGCAAGCGGACACGGACGGCGAUGGCGUACUCUCCCAGGAGGAGUUUGAGCGCGCCAAGGCCGAGGUUUCAAAGAAACAGACGUCCGAGUACUCCGAGAAAAAGCUGCUGGUCCGCAGCAUCCUCAGCGGCAGCUACUCUGACGCCUCCAAGAAACUGUUGCGAACUAAGACGUUCCAGGAGAUGGACAAGGACGGCGAUGGCCGGAUUUGUGAGGAGGAGGUCGGCGCGGCUCUCGCGAGCAUGGCAGUGAGCGGAGAGGAGGCCGUGCAGGCGAGAGCAGAGCUAAUGCAGCAAGUCGACAAAGACGGCGAUGGCAAAAUCUCCCAGGAGGAGCUGCAGCAGGCAAAGGCGGAAGCAGCUGAAGCUCCGACAUCUCCGACGACGACUCCCGAGCCGAGAUCAUUGACUCGCAGCCUGCUGGCCUUGACCUACUCCGACAUUGCCAAAAGACUUCUGGAACAGAAGAGCUUCAAGGACUUGGACAAGGAUGGAGAUGGAUGUGUGACCAAGGAGGAAUUGGCUGCGAACUUGGCAGACAUGAGUGUAAGUGGUGAGGAAGCGGCGAAAGCAAACAAGGAAAUCAUGCAGAUGGUCGACAAGGAUGGCUGCAAGGGUUCGGCAGGAAUUAGAUGCAGCGUGCAAGUUUCACUGUAG